AUGAACCCAGCAAGCUUGAAAAAUUCCACUGUAAUUCCCACGUGCACUUCGAGACGCCCAUCCAAACGCCUACUAUUUGAUCGGCGCUACGGCUGGGUGUUUGAUGAAUGGAAAGAGCCAUCAGAAGAGGCUCUAGCCGGCGGCCGUGGAAUGUUUUGCAUUGUUCCCCUGGCAAAAGCUUUGUCAAAGACGGCUUCAAAACUGGUACGAUUAUAA